AUGUGGCGGCAUCUCUCUGUCGUGUUGCUGCUCUUCCUGGCCCUGGCAGGAAUUGUGCAUUAUGGAAAUAAAAUAAGAGCGAAUUGGUUACCAGAUCCUCACCCACCCAUACUCAUGGCCUCAGGACAGGCCGGGGCAAAAUCAUCUGUCCGGCAAGCAGCUCGGCAAGCCCUGCACAGAACCCCAGCAGCAAAACCAACAGCUGCUCCCGUCACCUCUAACGUGGUGGCCGCAGCCUCUCCCUCUGAGAAUCCAGCUGGACAAACCACAGCAGCGGCAGAAGCAACACUGCCAGCCACGACCCCCCGCACGCCGCCCCCCAGCACAGAAACCCACGCCCCAACCUCCACCUUGGGGCCUCACACUCCCCCCGCAGCCAGCACCACCCACGCAGCUGCUUCUGUCAUGGCAGCCACUCUAGGCCCUGCCACCUCGAGUGGGGCCAGGUUGCCCACCACCACCCCGUCAGCCCACACGCCUGUCUCCCGUCCUUCAACUCUUGGCCCCACCACCGGGACACGCACCCAAUCCAGCCACAGCACUGCCCUGCCAGUAACGUCAUUCACAUCGCCACACACCGGCACAGCCAGUGAGGUGCCUGCUCAGCCCACCCGCACUGCCGAACCCACCCACCCCGCUGCCUCCACAAGCUCAGCUCCUGGGCCCACCAUGGCCCCUCAGCCAUCCACAACCAAGACAGGGACGUACCAAGUCUUCAAUGGAAGCAGGCUCUGCAUCAAAGCAGAGGUGGGGCUGGAGCUGAUGGUCCAAGAGUUGGACACGGUUUUUUCACCCAAGAGUUACUUCAGCAUCGACCCCAACACAACCCAAGUCUCUGGGGACUGUGGCUUCCAGAAGUCCAACCUGCUCGUGAAUUUCCCGGGGGGCUUUGUGAAUCUCACAUUUACCAAGGAUGAAAACUCUUACUAUAUCAGCGAAGUGAGAGCGUAUCUGACCAUUUCAAAUCCAGAGAAAAGUUACUUGGGGAUGAAGAGCUCUCUGAUGAUGUUUGAGGCCACGCUUGGGCACUCCUUCAAGUGUGUGAGUGAACAGAGUGUCCAGCUGUCGCGCCACCUGCAACUGAAAAUGAUGAACACCCAGCUUCAAGCUUUCGAUUUUGAAGGAGCCCACUUUGGAAAUGUGGUUGAGUGCUCGUCUGACUACACGGUGGUGCUGCCCGUAAUUGGGGCCAUUGUGCUGGGGCUUUGCGCCGUGGGGCUGAUUGUCUAUGGAAUCCGUCUCAGGCGUGAGUCAUCCGGAUACCAGAGAAUCUAA